ACGUGUAAAUCCCAAAAUGGCUGCAUUCAAUGAAUCUGAAACGUUAAUCAGCAAGAUAUUUAUAUUUAAUUAUUUAUUCCUACACAUACUUUCCAAUUAGAAAAAAAAAUAAUUUUAAACAGUGCCAAUUACUGAGGCACCAUCUGAAAAAUUUGAAAGUUCACCAGAAUCGUCACAGCGAUAAGGCGGAGUUCCAAAAUGGUCAAUGAAUAAAAAAUAAUAACUCACAGAAAGUAAGUGAACAUGUAAAUCCCAAAAUGACUGCAUUUAAAGAAUCUGAAACGUCAUUCAGCAAGAUAUUUUUAUCUCCACGGUAACUUUUUAACUGUUUGAUCGAUGAAUACUACAUAAAACGCAUAAUAACAAGAAAAUCUCACAUCAAACAACAUUCAUACACAUAUUUUCCAAUGAAAAACAAAAUAUUUUCAAACAAUGCCAAUUACUGAGGCACCAUCUGAAAAAUUUGAAAGUUCACCAGAAUCGUCACACUCUGGUGAAGCGCCAGGUGGAAUUCCAGAACUUCCAGCACCAUAUUUAAAUGUCAAUCCAAAUCCAAAUCCAAAUGUUGAACAAAUUUUUCUACGUCGUUCGUUGAGUAACAUUUCGUUGGAUAUAGCUGAAAUCGAAGAAGACGACCAUUAUCCAGCUCAAGCUUAUUUGCUGCCUGUUGUAUUGCCAAAUGUCACUGAGCCAACACUUGAUGAGCUUCUGAGACGUGUAACCGGGCGUAAUGAUAUUCACAAUGUUGACACUGUCAAAUUGCGUGUCAUCUCUUAUAUGGUCAGCUUGUGUAGACUCUCCCUUUUCAUGCCCCGUUUAGUACAUUUGGAUCUCAGUGGAAGUGUUUUGAAUUCUUUGAGAGAUCUUGGAUGUGGUCUUAUUCAUUUGACACAUUUAAAUGUCAGUAAUUGCGGGUUAAGCAGUGUCGAUGGAACAAGUUGCAUACCAACAAUUGAAGUACUCAUUGCUGAUGGAAAUAUGAUUCAGUUAGUUGGCCCAUUGUCAACUCUUUUGAUGAUGAAAAAGCUUAGUUUAAAGAACAACCGAAUAAGUGAUUUACGAAUGUUGACAUUUUUGGGAAUGUGUUCGAAUUUGAUUGAUGUCGAUUUGCAAGGAAAUCCAGUGACAAAUUAUAUUCUGUACCGACGAACCCUGCAAAGAAAUAUACCGACAUUAGAGUUGCUUGAUGGUCAACCAUUUACAGAUGAUAAUGUAGUGACAGGUGGCGCUGCGGCUGUGGUAGGAGAUGAUACAACAGAUGCCGAAUCUUCGUUAUCAGAUGAGGUCUAUUCAGCGGGUUCGGAUAGCUUGGUAAGCAUUGCCUCUGCAACGCUUGAUGAACGACCAUCAACAAGUGGAGGAAAUUGCAAUGUUACCAUCGUGCAUCCACAACAACGACCCAUGUCAAGUUCCGCAGUAUCAUCACAAAGAUCAUCUCCACUUCAAGGAAAUCUCGUUGUUGGAACAGUUCUAGGGAUUGCGCGAAUGAGAAAAAGAAGUCAACGUUCAGCUUGGGGAUCUUCCACUAGCUCAUCGUCGUCUUCAAGUAGUUUCGAUGGAAACCAAAUAUUUCCAAACCGUUUGCCUCAAACUCUUCUACCUCCACUUCCGCGCAAUGAGCAUCGGCAAGGAAAUAGGGAUAGUUUUUCAAGCUCAGAAGGAAGCUGUUCAAGCUUACAAAAUAGUGCAAGAAGAUGGAGGGCAGAAUCAAACAGAAAUAAAGUUCCUACUCGAGAUAAUGAAAGCGGAGAAAAGUAAAUAGUUUUUUAAUCAUGUUAUUGUUAUAAUGAUUAAAAUUAAUGAAUUUUAAAAUAAAAUUUAGAAAAAAA